AUGGUUAACUUCACUGUAGAUUAAAUAAGAGAGAUUAUGAAUAAGCAAAAAAACAUCAGAAACAUGUCAGUCAUCGCUCAUGUUGAUCAUGGAAAAUCUACACUCACUGAUUCUUUGCUCUGUAAAGCUGGAAUAUUGUCAGCUAAGGAGAGUGGAGAAAAAAGGAUGACUGACACCAGAUAGGACGAAUAAUUGAGAGGAAUUACAAUCAAAUCUACUGGAAUAUCAUUGUAUUAUGAAUAUGACAUUAACUACAAUAACACAAAGGAAUAGUUUUUGAUCAAUUUAAUCGACUCUCCAGGACACGUAGAUUUUAGUUCUGAAGUCACAGCAGCUCUCAGAGUAACUGAUGGAGCCUUGGUUGUAGUAGAUUGCGUGGAAGGAGUCUGUGUAUAGACAGAAACAGUGCUCAGACAAGCUAUGUAAGAGAAGAUCAAACCAGUUGUGAUGAUAAAUAAGAUUGAUAGAGCAAUACUGGAAUAAAAACAUGAUGGUGAGACUAUGUAUCAGAACUUUGUAAAGGUCAUUGAUAAUGUGAAUGUGAUCAUCUCCACUUAUCAAUAAGAGGAUAUGGGAGAUCUACAAGUACAACCACAACUUGGAUCAGUAUCCUUUGGAUCAGGUAAGGAAUGCUGGGCAUUUUCAUGUACAAAGUUCGCCAUGAUCUAUUCUGCCAAAUUCAAAGUGGAACCAAAGAAACUGCAAGAAAGAUUGUGGGGUGAUAAUUAUUUCGAUGAUGAGACCAAAUGUUGGAGGAAGGAUAAUGAAGGAGCUUCAGGAAAGAAAUUGAACAGAGCUUUCGUUGCUUUCAUUAUGGAUCCCAUAUGUAAAUUGGCCACUGCAGUCAUGGAAGGUAAUAUGGAAAUGGCCAACAACAUGUUUAAUGUCUUAGGGUUGAAACUUACAUAGGAGGAGUAGAAAUUAAGUGGUAAAGUUUUGUUAAAGGCUGUCAUGUCCAAGUGGAUUAAUGCUGCUGACACUUUGAUUGAAAUGAUUAUUUGUCAUUUGCCUUCGCCUAAAGAGGCAUAGAAAUACAGAACAGCUUAUCUUUAUGAAGGACCGUAAGAUGAUAUCAUAGCUUAAUCAAUGAGAGAGUGCAAUCCUAAAGGACCCUUGGUUAUGUAUGUAUCAAAGAUGGUGCCAACUUCUGACAGAAGUAGAUUCUUCGCCUUUGGUAGAGUGUUCUCAGGUACCAUAGGAACAGGAUAAAAGGUUAGAAUUAUGGGUCCAAAUUAUAAGCCUGGAAAAAAAGAAGACUUAUUCGAAAAGACAAUUCAAAGAACAGUAUUGAUGAUGGCCAGCAAGGUUGAAUACUUUGCGGAUGUCCCUUGUGGUAAUACUGUUGGUUUAGUUGGUGUGGAUGAUGUAUUGUUAAAGACCGGUACAAUCUCAGAUCAUCCAGAAUGCCAUUUAAUCAGAUCGAUGAAAUAUUCAGUAUCACCUGUUGUCAGAGUGGCUGUUCAACCUAAAAAUCCAGCAGAUCUCCCAAAAUUAGUGGAGGGUUUGAAGAGGUUAGCCAAAUCUGAUCCACUGGUACUCUGCACAUAGGAGGAAACAGGAUAGAAUAUAGUAGCAGGAUGUGGUGAACUGCAUGUUGAAAUAUGUUUGAAUGAUUUAGAGAAGGACUUUGCUAAUAUCGAGAUAAUAAGAUCGGAACCAAUUGUAUCAUAUAAGGAGACCGUUUAAUCAACAUCCAAGAUUGUAUGUUUGGCUAAAUCGGCUAAUAAUCAUAAUAGACUCUAUGCUUAGGCUGAGCCACUACAGGAAGGUCUUCAAAAUGCAAUUGAAAAAGGAGAGAUAACAGCAAAGGAUGAUUAUAAAGAAAGAGCUUAAUUACUGUCAGCUUAAUAUGAAUGGGAUAAGGAUGAUGCUCUUAAAAUAUGGUCAUUUGGACCAGACAAUGUUGGUCCAAACAUUCUGUUGGAAAAAACAUCCGGAGUCUAAUAUAUGAAUGAAAUCAGAGAUUCAAUGGAAUCCGCUUGGUAGAUUGCAACCAAAGCGGGAGCUCUUUGUGAAGAGAAUCAAAGGGGAAUUAGAGUGAAUAUCCUAGAUUGUGUCUUGCACUCUGAUUCGGUCCACAGAGGAGCAAGACAGAUAAUGCCUGCAGCCAGAAGACUGUUCUAUGCUUGUGAACUGACUGCACAGCCCAGACUAUAAGAGCCUGUCUUUCUAGCAGAAAUCACUGUCCCUAUUGAUUCAGCUGGGGGUGUGUACAACUGUUUAAAUAUGAGAAGAGGAACAAUUAUUGAGGAAGAACAAGUUGCAGGAACCCCUCUAUCAAUAAUUAGAUCAUAUUUGCCUGUCGCUGAGUCUUUCGGAUUCACAGCCCAUCUCAGAGGUCUUACUCAAGGUUAAGCCUUCCCGUAGUGCGUGUUCGAUCAUUGGGCUGUACUCAAUAGUGAUCCUUUCGAAGCUGGGUCCAAACUUAAUGAAUUGGUGCUGAGCAUUAGAAAGAGAAAGGGAAUCAAAGUCUAAUUGCCAGAUCUCAAUGACUAUUUAGACAAAUUGUGA